CCGGAAUCCGGAUAAAUAAAUAAGCAAGGGAAAAUACUUCCUAUUGAUUAUUGAACUCAUUUUGCAGAUUUUAAUUAAUUUCUUCCCAAUCCCAUCUCCCUAAAAAAUCCAAAUCUCAAAACCCAUUUUUCCUUUUAGCAAUUUCAAUAUCAAUUUCUCGCCGGCGAUUGAUCGGCAUGGACUCUACUCCGCCGGAUUGUACAUUUGGCAUCACCGACAGGCCGUCGCCGACGAGGAGAGAGCUUCUGGGUCCCCGUCCGGCUCCGCUCCGAGUCAACAAGGACUCCCACAAGAUCAAGAAACCGCCGGUCGCCCCACAUCCGCCGCCGAAUGCUCUGCUCCGCACGGCGGCGCCCGCCGCGCAGAACCCCCAGCCGGUGAUUAUUUACGCCGUCUCUCCCAAAGUCAUCCACACCACUGUCGGCGACUUCAUGAAUGUGGUCCAGCGCCUCACCGGGACCUCGUCCUCUUACGGCGAUUCCUCGCCCGCAGCCGGCGGAUCCGGCGCUCUGUCUCCGGCGGCGAGGCUCGCUUCGAUAGAGAAAGUCGGCUCUUCGGAUCGGCAGCCGGAAAUGCCAAGUUCGGAAGCAGCGGCGACUGAUCUUCAGCAGAUAAUCGAGAAUUCAACGGUUGAAAGGGGGCAGAUCCAAGGGAUUUUAUCUCCGGCGCCGACAAGUUUGCUGCCCAUCUCGCCGUCCGGGCAUUUUCCUCCGGCGUCGGACCCGUUGAUGUUCAUGAACAGCAUGCUCAGUCCGAGCCCGUCGGCGUUGUUUUCAGCUCCACUGGUUUUUCCAUCUCCUUCUUCAAUGGAUCAUUUUAAUCUGUAUUCCUUUGACUUUUGAGGUUCAAGAAAAAAUACCAUUAGAAAUUUUUGUUUUUCUCCAUGGAAAGUAAGUCUAACAAAGCAAAUUCUUCUUUUACCAUUAGCAAUAAUUGCGCUAAUCAACAGAUUUAGUAGUAGAAAAACUUGAUAAUUGGC